CUUGAUUCUUAUUUUUAUAAAUCAAGUUUUGAGAAGUUAAAAAAAAAAUCUGAAUGAAAUGGUGUCACAAUGUAAAGAGAACCAAAUAGAUGUUACCCUGUAGUGAGUUCUCUUAAUUUUAUUAUGGUAUAAAUGGACAGCAGGUGCUCACAGGUACUAAGUGGGUUGUGUGCCAAUAUCACCAAAGCUUUCCGUUCCAACCAAGUUAGUUGGCUUUUGGUUACUUUUUUUCCUAUUAAAAAUUUGUUACAAGAAAUGGACUCUGAAUUCACCAAAGAUUAAUGCUAUACUCAUAAAAAUUAUUUUGCCAUGUUAGAAGACACAUUUUGGGAAGAAGACAUCUGGGAAUAUAAAUCUAAAAGAAAACCCAAACGAGUACAUCCAAAUAAUUGUUCUGAAAAUAUUUCAGAAUAUGUUGAAAAGGCAACAGAUGGAAAAUACCAGUCAAAAGGAAAAGGAAAUGAAAAAAGAACUUCAGAAAAUCCAGGCAAGACAGAGGACCCCAAAGUAUGCCUUGCAGAAACAGACAGUCAGAUUUCUGCAGGUUCCAGUCAGAAUUCGAGCUGUAAAGAUGAGGUUCAGCAGUCUCAAAGCAAAGAGACAACACCAAAAAAGCAACAUAGAACUCCCAGAGGGAAGCAAGUGACCCCGAAGGUGCGCCCAGUUUAUGAUGGAUACUGCCCAAGCUGCCAGGUGCCCUUCUCCUCAUUGCUGGGUCAGACGCCCCGGUGGCAUGUGUUUGAGUGUUUGGAUUCUCCACCUAUCUCUGACACAGAAUGUCCUGAGGGCUUGCUGUGUACCUCCACAAUUCCUUCUCAUUAUAAGAAAUACACUCACAUCCUGCUUGCUCAGAGUCGAGAUAGCAGGGAGCCUCUGGGCAGCCCCUCGGAUGCAUCGGCUGGGCUGUUUGCUGCAGUGGCACCAGAUUCUCCUUGUAACCUUGAGGAAAAACGGUCUAGGAUUCUGCAAACUGGGAACUUAAGAAAAGUGUUAGAUGACUCUUUGUUGAUGAUGCAGUAUCUAAAAACAUCUCAGCCUCCAGCUGAAACCAACAGGAAGAGUACCUCUUCUCCAUGUUCUCAAACGUCACGAGUUCCACAGUGUGCAGAGUUUGUCAAGAAAGACCAGCUGGUGGGAGGUGGAUCGCCUCUUGCUGAAGUUGCAUUAAACAGCCAGAACGCGUCAGGGAGUACGGGUUUCCCAUUGUCAGAAAAUGACGCUGGCAGCUGUGAGAUCUCUUAUUCUCCGCUGCACAGUGACGAAGAGACUUACGACGUAGACCAAGAGCUGGAAGAUUCACAGCAGGAACUAUUUUUUACCCAAAGCUCUAAAAACAGCAGCCUAGAAGAAGAUGGCUCUGCCACAUUUGAAAACCUUCAUGGUCCCUCCCCAAAGGAAGCAGAGGGGAUCCGGCCCACAGAGAAAAGCCUGGUCGCCCAGGCUAGGUGUAGUGCACCGAGUGAAGGCAGUACACUAAGUGACUCUUUUCUGCUUAUCUCCCACACCUCGAGCAGGCUUUCCCGAGAAGACCCACCACACACAGAUGCCGCCUUCCUCUUGCUUUCACCUGCGUUGGCAGUGGGAGGUGCCGCUUCUAAUUAUCGGACCACUAAGGCCAAGCCUGAUGAGCCAGAAAAAUUCCACUCACUUGCAUCAAGUCGUCGGCAACAGAAAAUUGAAACGUCAGCUGUUGGCAAUCAGACUUCUCUGCCGUUACUUACAAGGGCCAGGUCAAAGCCACUUGAAAAGGAGGGAGGCGAGCGUCUGCCUUUGCAUCCAACCCAAAGUCAGGCUAGAGGAUCACAGAGUAAGGGCUUGGGUGCUCCAGAGGCUAACUGUGCCUGCAGGAAUGCACAGAAGCUCUCUAGCAUGCCUCUUGACCAGCCCUUGGGCACAUUGCCUUCCAGUCCCAAGUGCAGCCCAAGCCAACCUCCUAAGAAAGCAAUGAAGCAAAUGGAUAUAGGUGUGUUUUUUGGACUACCACCAAAAAGACAAGAGACAUCACCGAGGGAAAGCGCAUCAGAAGGACCAAAUGUCAGUCCAGUUGUGAGUCCCAACAAAAAGAGGCCCCGGUUGUGCAAGAGGAAAGCGCAGAGCUCUCUGAGUGACUUAGAAUUUGAUGCAAAGAAUUUAAGUGAGAGUCAGCACUCUGUGGAACUGUCUGGAGAGAAGACGCAACAUAGAAGAAAGAGACAUAAAAAGUCAAAUUCACCACGGGAAGGAACACACCAGAGAAGGUCAGGUCCCCCCAUUGACAGCCCAGAGUUGGGAAGAGUCAACCUCAGCAAAGGCGAAGCCUUUGUAAGACGGACUCGCGGCAGGAAGCAGGGAGGCAACACGAACAUUUCAGAGUCCUCUGGGACAGGGGAUGUGAGAAGAACAUGUCCGUUCUAUAAGAGAAUCCCCGGGACUGGCUUCACUGUGGAUGCUUUUCAGUAUGGUGAGGUCGAAGGUUGCACUGCCUACUUCCUCACACAUUUCCAUUCUGAUCAUUACGCUGGGUUGUCCAAGGACUUCACAAGGCCAGUCUAUUGUAGUGAGAUCACUGGCAAUUUGUUGAAGAAGAAGCUUCGUGUGCAAGAGCAAUACAUCCAUCAGUUGCCGAUGGACACUGAGUGUGUAGUGGACAGUGUCAAGGUGAUUUUGCUGGAUGCCAAUCAAUACUGCAGCCCAGAAUAUACCUUCCCGACUCAGCAGGAGGUAAUCCAGUUUGCCAUCAACACUGCCUUUGAGGCUGUAACUCUAAACCCACGUGCUCUUAUUGUCUGCGGCACAUACAGUAUCGGAAAGGAGAAAGUCUUCCUAGCCAUUGCUGAUGUUUUAGGUUCAAAGGUGGCCAUGUCCCAAGAAAAGUAUAAAACUUUGCAGUGCCUCAAUAUACCAGAAGUCAGUUCCCUCAUAACCACAGACAUGUGCAACUCUUUGGUUCACCUCCUCCCAAUGAUGCAAAUUAAUUUUAAGGGUUUGCAGAGCCAUUUGAAGAAGUGUGGUGGGAAAUACAAUCAGAUUUUGGCGUUCCGACCCACAGGAUGGACACACUCUAACAACAUAACUAGCACAGUGGAUAUUACUCCCCAGACAAAAGGAAAUAUAUCAAUAUAUGGGAUUCCCUAUAGUGAACACAGCAGCUACUUAGAAAUGAAGCGUUUUGUCCAGUGGCUGAAGCCACAGAAAAUCAUACCCACUGUCAAUGUCGGCAGCUUUCAGUCUAGGAACACGAUGGAGAAAUACUUUAAGGAGUGGAGAUUGGAAGCCGGAUACUGAUGCUGUCACAGAUGUCGGCUGGGUUCCGUACGGCAGGCGGUGAUAAUGAAAUCUAAAUUGAUAUGAUGUACGGUGCAGAACAGUCUCAGGACUGCGUUCCUUCCUCGCUUUGAACAGUGAUAGACCCAAGGUGCUGGGUGCCUCUCAGGACCCCCAGUGACCACUGAGAGUAGCUCUUCCCAGUCCCUUUCACUCUUAAUCUCUUCCCCAUGGAGUUGACAGUCAUCUGCAGCAAACAUGGAUACCAGACACCAAGCAUUAUCUAUAUAAUUAUAAAACCAAACUUUUAUAUGAUAUGUAUUCUUAAAUAAAAUUUAAUAUAGAACUUGCCAGAGCAUAUUUUGAUGAGUUUCAUUAUUGUCUUAUUUUCUUUUUAGUAACAACUUUAUUUUCACUGCAAAACUGAAUAAAAAGUGCAGAGUCCUAUAUGCCUCAAGCCCCAUACGAAUGAUAGCCUUCUCCACUUAUAGCGUCCUCUACCAGAAUGGUACACACAUUAACAUCAGUGUGUGUGUGUGUGUGUGUGUGUGUGUGUAUGUGUGUGUGUGCUGACACUGUAAAGCCAUAGUCUACAGUGUACAUUAGGAUUCGGUGGUAGUGGUGUGUAUUCUGUUGGCUUUUACACACAUAUGGCACAUCAGUCAUCAGGGUGUUGUACAAAAAUGUCACUACCGUAAAUAUGCUUUAUGUGCCUUAUGUGCCCCGAGUUCAUGCUUUCACUACCCACAACUGGCCUCUGG